AUGGAGUUGGUUCUGCCAAAGAGACUGUUCGACGGUGACGCUGUGGUAGCUGAGAACGAUGCUGGAGUGGGGGUGGUUAAGCCAAACAGACUGCUCGUUGGUGAAACUACGGCUGGCAAAGAUGCGGGAGUGGGGUUGGUUACGCCAAACAGACUGCUUGAUGGUGAGACUGUUGUAGCUGGGAAUGAUGCUGGUGUGGGGUUGUUCAUGCCAAACAGAGGACUUGAUGGUGAGGUAGUGAUAGGUGGGAAAUGA